UUGUUCCAGGUUUCACGACGCCUGCGAUCCCGUUCCCUGCAGCUCUUCACUGGACUUGCCAUCUGGAAGUGUGUUCCAAUCAUUGUACAGCUAGAAAAGGAUAGCCGCGGUCUGGGAUUUUCAGUUGUCGAUUACAGAGACCCGUUGCAUCCGGGUGAAUCGGUAAUUGUAGUACGAUCGUUGGUACCAGGUGGUCUAGCACAGGCAGAUGGAAGGAUAGUACCAGGCGAUCGGUUGAUGUUUGUCAACGAUGAAGACCUAUCCAACAGUACAUUGGAACAUGCUGUGGCGGUCCUGAAGUCGGCACCCGAUGGACUGGUACGAUUGGGUAUCGCUAAGCCAGUACCCAUCGAACAGGUAAUGUACAAUAAUAGCUCGAAAUAA